CUGUAGCAUCUCUGUGUUAUCUGAAAGCCCCAGGGUGAGACAGAGAAGGUCUAUGAUGAGAAAAUGCUGUUGGGUUGAUGACAUGAGCCCCGUGUGUCCUUGGGUACAAAUGUGGGGCUGAGACCUUGAGAAGGGGAUGGAGAUUUGGUGGACUCUGAGGAUUCCAUGUGCUCUCAGCAGUGUCAGGAUGGUUUUUAAAGGAAACAUUGUAGGGUGAUCAUCUAGUUUCUAGGAAUGGUGAAAGCCCAGAGAAUCCUGGAGCAGGACAGGGAGAUAGACCUCCUCCCCUCACUCUCCACUCACUGCCUCGCCUCAGAAUACUCACUCUCUUCUCCCUCAGGGCAGCAGAAAUGGAGAGAGGUUCUGACAUCCAAAACUAGUCAGCAGGAGAAAUGAAGAAAAGCUGUAAAACUCUAGUACAGGGGAGUGCAGAUGCUGACAGGCCCUUCUGUGUUAACAGGGUUUCAAAGUGGAACAAUAGGACAGGUCGAUGUCCCCAUCCCAUGUCUGCACAGCAAGGCUGAAUUAGAAAAACCCUGUGUAUAGCUGCCCUGAAGCUGCAGUCCCACUAAACAGCACCAACCAGGGUUCCCCACUUGGAGCUGAAGGAAAAUCUCCUAGAAAAUCUAAAGCUCUCAGAGUGUUACAGGUGAAGGGUCUGUGGGAAAAGGCUUUGAUAUUGCUGGAAGAAGUUUCUCCUAACAUGUCAAUGACUUUUUUACAUGAACAUCUCCCAAUGGCCAGAGACAGUAAAUGUCCAACAGCAGCUCCAUCAGCCACUUCCUCCUGCUGGCAUUGGCAGACACGCGGCAGCUGCAGCUCCUGCACUUCUGCCUCUUGCUGGGCAUCUCCCUGGCUGCCCUCCUGGCCAACGGCCUCAUCAUCAGCGCCGUAGCCUGCGGCCACCACCUGCACACGCCCAUGUUCUUCUUCCUGCUCAACCUGGCCCUCAGCGACCUGGGCUCCAUCUGCACCACUGUCCCCAAAGCCAUGCACAAUUCCCUCUGGCACACCACCACCAUCUCCUACAAAGGAUGUGCUGCACAGCUGUUUCUGUUUGCCUUUUUCAUUUCAGCAGAAGUUUCCCUCCUGACCAUCAUGAGCUACGACCGCUACGUGUCCAUCUGCAAACCACUGCACUAUGGGACCCUCCUGGGCAGCAGAGCUUGUGCCCACAUGGCAGCAGCUGCCUGGGCCAGUGCCUUUCUCCAUGCUCUGCUGCACACAGCCAAUACAUUUUCCCUGCCCCUGUGCCAUGGCAAUGCCCUGGGCCAGUUCUUCUGUGAAAUCCCACAUAUCCUCAAGCUCCUCUGCUCCAAAUUCUACCUCAGGGAAGUUGGGUUCCUUGCUGUUAGUGCCUGUUUAGCUUUUGGUUGUUUUGUGUUCAUUGUCUUCUCCUAUGUGCAGAUCUUCAGGGCUGUGCUGAGCAUCCCCUCUGAGCAGGGACGGCACAAAGCCUUUUCCACCUGCCUCCCUCACCUGGCUGUGGUCUCCCUGUUCCUCAGCACUAUCAUGUUUGCUCACCUGAAGCCCCCCUCCAUGUCCUCCCCAUCCCUGGAUGUGGCCCUUUCAGUUCUGUACUCAGUGAUGGCUCCAGCCCUGAACCCCCUCAUCUACAGCCUGAGGAACCAGGAGCUCAAGGCUGCAGUGAGGAGCCUGAUGAAUGGACGAUUUCAGAAACACUGA